ACAGAGACUUCACGGCGAGUACACCAAACAACUGACCUCUGUACUGGACCAAUGGGACUCCGAUAUGAAGAAGAUGAAAGAAAAUGAGGAAAAACUUCAGAUGAUGCUGAAGCAACAACAGAGGGUGGUACAGCAGUCGUGCAUCGCCAUGAAUCAACGACUCAAGAACGUCCGACAGCUCUUUGAACAAUACAAUAAGACGAGGAGAGUUGGAGCAGUGUCAUCAGGGCCAGAGACCAACGUCCAAGGAGAACUCAAGAAGGAGCUUAAUCUCCUCCACAAGAAGAUUCUCAUGGAUACACAACACCAAGAAAUGGCCAACUUCCGCAAGUCGCUGCAGUCCAUGUUCUUCUAGAGUUCAAGCAAGAGUGGGUGGCCAUUUGCACUUUUGAGCUCUGUUGAUAUUCAGAAGAGAAGAGAAGAGAGAAAUUAUAUUACGACAGCAAAUCACCAAAGAAAAUGAAGGAAAUUUGGUCAGGAGGGCAAAUUAUCAAAACAUGAAGACGCUUAUAUGCAUAUGUGUGUUGGUGCUUCUAACUGUGUGUUAAUUUUUUGAAAAAAUUCAUCUCAAUUUUACUACCGGUAAUCAAAAUCCAUUACUUUCAGAUUAUGAUAAACAGUUCAGAAUGACUUAUCAACUUUCAGCCACUUUCUCACAAAAUACAUAGUAUCUAUUCAUUAGUACUC